ACCAGUGGCCGAAAAUUACCCUGAAGGUUUAACCUGCGAUCGCAACACUGUCAACUAUCAAAGAAUAAGGUGAAGCAGAUUGGACAAAAAACAAUCUGUCAAAGUUGCUGCUGUUUUCGACUUUUGUGCAUUGGAAAUUUUUUCACUUCUUGCAAUAAAAAAGUGCUACAUAAAAAACAAAGAAAAUGUUGAAAAGUUAAAACCAGUACGAAACAACUAAACUUUCAUCGAUUGUGGUUUCGUGGUAAUGCAGAGUUUGAAAACGUUUAAUACGCUCCAGGGCCACAAAAAAAAGCAAAUCGCAGACAGACUUGGAAACAAACAAAAGUUACAAAAAACGCGUUUGUAACAAAUAUUUCGUUUCAUACAUAGAUUACAAGGGAAUUGGUUUACCAUUGAAGGACAGUCUUCAACUGAAUUACCAACGCUACGCAACGCAUUAAUAGGGCAGCUGAAAUCAACAACGAAUCAGUGGCGAUGGAAAAUUUGCAAGGGCGUAGCAGUGGCAAUGGUACUUUUUUCAAAAAGAAUUCUGACAUAGAAAAACUAAGUGGUAGUCGGUGUGGCAAUGCAGCGCAUGUAGGUACUAAUGUUGGAGCAGUCACGGGUUUUGUUUCAGCACAGGAUGACUGUAAUUGUCUAGGAAGUGGUGGGGAUGCCAUUAGUGGUGUCGGCGGCAGCGGUAGCAGCUGGCUAACUUGUGGACAACAACAUAUACAAAAUAACAAUAAUAACAAUAAUGCUCUAGAAUCAAACGCGCAAGCCAAGUGCAACGUCGGCAUAACAACAACGGCGGCGACGGGGACUGCUGGCGCUGCAACGGUAGCUUUGGCAAAUACAACAACAGAUGCGUCAUUUACCGGCAUCGAAAAACGAAGUGAAGGUGUUGGCGGUGGUAGCUGUGGAGGCGAAGUUGACAUUAGCGAAAGAAAAACAGCUGGGAUUACUGGCGCGAGCUUUGUUACAGCGGAUAGUAGUUGCGCUGGUAUGGCAGGCGCCAAUGGCGAUUCAAAUAAGAAGCAAAACGGUGCUGCCGCUAUAGACAUUGCAACGCCCACAUCUUCGCACGUUGCAUUAGCAGCGAUGUCUGUUGCUGCUGCUGUUUCGACACCCAGCGAUUACAAUGCAUGUACAUUUGAUGUGUUUGCAGCAGCCGCAGCUGGUACUGGAGUGGUAUCGCGUAGCGCUUCGCUCAACAACUCCACGGAGAAUCUCAGCUACAACAGUGAUAACUACUUCGCUGACGACCUAUUGCUAUUGGAGGGUGACGAUGACGUCGAUGAUGUAGAUGUGGACGCGGAGGAGAUUUCGCUCAACUCAGAUGAUUGUGUUUAUGCGUAUCGUGGUGACGGUGCGGACUUUGAUCUCGCUUUAGAUGCCAUUGCCGGACGGGGGCACGGCACUGGCAACCCUUGCAUGGCUGAUGACGAAACAGACUUUCUUGAGAUGGACUUCGAGCCUGACCCAUUGUCAGAGGUCGAGUAUAGUUCGGUUGAAGCUCCGCCUGGUCAUACAGAUGCAUUCCUAAUGCACCGCGAUGCUUGCCAUUUGAGUGGUCGACAGUCAGCAACAUUAGGUAAAUUUAACAAAAAUACGACUGCGGCGCAACGGUUGUUAUUCAGUUCGCCGAUCGAUGACAGCUUACCACCACCGGCAACUAAAACACUUCAAUCUCAGCUAAUGCUUAGCAAAAAUUUUGCUCGAAUUACCAUGCAUUUGGAUCAAAUUAAAGGAGGGAGUGGCGAAUGUGAUUCUUAUGAGCGCACACAUAGUGAUCGCGCAUCGGCGUUGGGUAUGGCCGAUGAUGCAGUUGACGCGGCCACGAAAGCUGCUCAAAUCAACGCGGCCCAUUCCCUACCGAAUACGCUACUCUCGAAUUUUGGGCGAGAUUUGCUACACUCAAAAGAUGAAAGCAAGGCAAUUCCUUCGAAAGUAACAGGCGCCAAACCGAAACGCUUCUCCACAUUCUCAACAUCUUCAUCGACAUCUUCCAAAAAUUCUUCAAAAUCUCGGAACUCGCUGCGCUCCACCUAUGCCCUAGCAACGCUCUGCAAUAGCGCCAGCUUCGAUGAGCGCAGCGCUAGUUGCACCGAGUUUCGCUGCGCAGCGCCCAAGAUUGCGGCAAGUACAGAGGAAUGCAUGCGCGCCGAAACUGGCCUAGUCACCAACACAGCCACCACAACAACAAACGAAUGCGAUGAUUCGAGUGUGAAUGAUGACACCUGCCUGGACUGCUUGGAAAAAGAAUUUUUGGCGAACACAAUUGGCAAAGCCAUAGAUUCAAAUGAGUGUACACGUUGCCACAAGCGUAGUAGCAGCAGCAUAGCGCUCUUUAAACGCGCAGCACAAACAUCAACUGGAGCAACGCGCUGCCGCAGCGGUUCACCAUUGAUCUUCAGAGAUGCACGUGAUGAAUGCAUUUUUGAGACAGCAGUCGGUAAUUAUUUGCAACCAAGGAAUGUAGACUGGGCAACUACGGCUUUUAGAGAUAUACGCAUGUUAAAGAACGAUAGAUGGCUAGGUGAUAGUGUUAGUUGUGAUGAUAGUGGACUGAGUGCCAGUGAGACAAAACUCAAAGCUCGCGUACGUACUCGAAUGCGUGCACGGACAUGCGAUGAUGAGGUGUUGCAAUUCAAAACAGAAGAGGAGGGCAUGAACCAAAGACGGACCACGACGGGUGGGAGUAGCGAGCAUCCUCAAAAUAACUUUCAGCUUCUAAAGAACUUAUUAUUGACUGAAAAGGAAACUGUCACAGUUCCCACUUUAAAUUUAAGCGAGGAGUUGCUGGUGCAGGCACUGGACAAACUUCAUGUAUCUUAUAAUUUGGAACUAAUUAAAUCUCAGCUGUAUUAUGCUUCUAAUGCUGCCACUGCAACAACAACCACAACAACGACAAUUCCUUCAAUGUUGGGCAUGCACAGAAACUUUAAAGAAUUUAGGGAUUUGAAGCAUUUACUCAUACAUGAAUCGAAGAAACACUGCAAUCAUCACAAGCUGAAACGCUUGAUAGAGUUGGCUACGCGACAGCAAGUGGAAGUGCAAUUUCAACAGGAUCACCAGGAAACUUCAACUACUUUGGUGCCAGUUAAAGUCGCUGAUAUAUUGCAACAAUGGGUGCGCACGAAAAAUCUCAGCGUACUCAGGCAUUUAGAUAAACGCUUUGUAGAAGCAAAUUUAUUAGGAAAAAUCGCCAACAUCAUACGCCAGGCGCAGCAGCGUUGCACACCGCGACGACCACUGCCCGAAAGCCUAUUAAUACCACAGUAUUAUCCUGCUGGUGUUUUAAAGCUUACAAAAAAAUCUUAAAUUUUAUGCUACGCAUUAGAGCUGCGAUUUAUAUGGCUGUUUUACACAUACAUACAUAUGUUCCAUUGAAGCAUGGAAACUUAAAACGAAUAUAUUAAUAAUUAUGAGCGCAAAAGUAGGCAACAAUAAUCAUACAUAAUCAUACGCAUAAACACACACAUUUUGAUGUUGUUAUUCAUAAACGAAUGCAAUAUUUAUACGCAAAAUACAAAACCAAUACCAUGUAAUCUUAAUAUCAAAUUGAAAUAGCAGCGAAAAACAAACGGAAGUAAACGUAAUUAUGCAUUGCAUACUAUUGAUUAUUAAAAAUAUAACAUACUCAACAACUGAGUUGUAUCUAAUCAGGUGAUGAUAUUAACAUAAGACUUUAAUCUCCGGCAAAAUCUAAAAAGCAACCGAAUCAUAGUUUGAAGCAUAAUAUUAGGGGGUAUCAACGGUAGUUUAUUGUGAAGUUUAAAUAAUAACGGAAACUCGACUAAUAAGUUCGUCGGCAAAUGAAAUAUCAUCUUCUGAUUAGACGCUCUCCAACUAAUCACCAGGAAAAACCAUUUAAACGCAUCAACCGAUAAACGUUCGUAUGUAAAUAUAGAAAAUAUGGUAACACAUUUGAUUUGACGCUUGUUUUGCUGAGGAAUGUUUAUGCAAACGUACGCAAAGACAGUUGCACCUAAUAUUAAUUUAUUGCUAUACCUUAUAUACAUGCGUGCUUAUAUCAUAUACUAUUAUACAUUGAUAUAUUUAUAUACUCAACGUGUAUACAUAUGUAUGUAUGUUUAGUAAAGCAACAAAAUAUAUAAAAACAUACACUAUAGUGCAUAUAACAUUAAUUAGUCGUUAGCAUUUAGGAUGUUGUAUUUAAUAGCACACUCAUUCACCUGCAUAAAACGUAAAUAUUGCAUAAACUUUACUUCAUGCAGCAAAAAAACGUAUACCCAUAUACAUGCAUACAUAUGUAUAUAUAUAUAUAACUAAAUUUAUUAUAGUAUGUAUAACAUACGCUUAUGUAAAUGGAAAGCAACGACUUCUUUCCACACCAAAUCUCUGCAGCGCACCAUUCAACAUGACAUAGUUCGCAUGAAUGUAUGUAUGUUUGUUAAAUAAAAACAAGAAAACGAAACAAUUUCAAAUACAUAAUAUGUAUGUAUGAGUAGUGCUACAUAAUUAGUGCGUUUAACGUUUAAAAUCAGAAGCAAAAAAAAAANACUUAUAAACAAUAAAACAGUUAAAAGUUAUAUACUUAAAAAGCGCAUAGCAAAGCAAAGCAAAAGCAAAUAAAUUACUAAAUACACAAUCACAUACAUUC